AUGGACGACCUCCGCCGCACCCUCAGCGACAUCGAGUCCCACACCGCCUCCGCACCCGCUCCCCUCUCCACCCCCGGCGAGGAGCAGCACGCCAAGUACGCCCACAACGACUGGUCCGACGACGUCUUCGACGAGAUCGCCCGCCUCGGCGAGGGCGCAGGCGGCGCCGUCCACGAGGUCAAGGACAGGCGCACCGGCGUCGUCAUGGCCAGGAAGACCAUCACCACCCGCGAGGCCCCCAUGAAGCAGCUCCUCCGCGAGCUCGCCAUCAUCACCACCAUCACCCACAUCAACAUCAUCCACUUCUACGGCGCGUACAUGUCCCCGUCCUCCAGCGAGGUCAAGGUCGUAAUGGAAGUCUGCGAAGGCAAGAGCCUCGAAGCUGUCGGCAAACGCAUCAAGGAGCGUGGCGCACGUGUCGGCGAAAAGGUCGCGGGGCGUCUCGCCGAAGGAAUCUUGCAGGGCCUCACCUAUCUCCACUCGAAGAAGCUCAUCCACCGUGACAUAAAGCCCUCCAACGUGCUCCUCACCCGCCAGGGCGUCGUCAAGCUCUGCGACUUUGGCGUCUCGGGCGAACUCGUCGAGUCGCGUGCCGGCACCUUCACGGGCACCAGCCUCUACAUGGCGCCGGAGCGCCUCUCCGGCCUCGAGUACUCGAUCCGCGCGGACGUCUGGUCCACCGGCCUCUCGCUCCUCGAGCUCGUGCAGAACCACUUUCCCUUCUCCAACGAUCUCCCGCCCAUCGAGCUCAUGAUCCAUAUCACCCAAAGCGAGCCUCCGCAAUUGGAAGACGAAGCGGGCGUGCACUGGAGCGGCCCCAUGAAGGACUUCAUCAAGCAAACGCUGCGCGUCGAUCCUGCCCUGCGCCCGCCCCCCAAGGAGAUGCUCUCGCACCCGUGGAUCGUCAGGAUCAUGAAGGUCGAGGUCAACAUGGCACGGUGGAUCAGCGAGGUCUGGGGCUGGCCCAAGCCGAAGAAGUCGAAAGGAUCGUGA